CUGUGUGCUAAUCUGCUGAUCGCUUAAGCAGAACUUUGUCCUCUUAUAUGGAGAGGUGUGCUGUGUAGAGCUGGUUAUGCAACUCCCUCACUGUCGGCCUCUUCGCUACGCUGCGCGCGGGUGUCAAGGGCGAUUUCUCGGCAGUCUGUGGCUACGAGCUUUCGUCUGCUGCCUUUUUUUUACCUCUGCGCGCUCGACAAGGCUAGCGGUUGUAAGGCACUAGAAAUCCCAGCCUAAAAAGUGGCCGCCAAAAACGCGCCAAAAAAGAGUGUCCACACCCUCGGCUCUCGCGUCUGAAGUGGCCAAAACUUUCCUCACAGCCUCGCCUGCGACGAGACCGCAGCGAGCGCAAGCCUGGAAAUCACACCCUCGCGGGAGAGCCACUCUUCGCCGCCUCUCCGCCCGCGCCCUUAGCUUCGCCAUGCUGCGCUGCCUCGCCGUCGCCGGCUGCGCGGCGGCCCUCGCGCCGCGGCUGCCCCACCGCCGGCGCGCCCCCCCCAAAACGCGGCUGCGCAUGGCGCCGCUCGAGCCCUUCGACCCGCUCGGCAAGCUCGAGGCCCUCACGCAGAGCUGGCGCGACGGCGGCUGGCAGGUGCGCAAGCGCAAGGGCGCGCUCUUCCCCGAGAUCGUGCCGCAGCCCGGCCCCCAGGGCUGGGCGGCCGACGAGGCGCAGCAGGUCGAGGUCCGGACCGAGGCGGCGACGCAGGAGAUCACGACGACGGCCGCCGCGGGCCGCGACGCGUGGCUAGCGACGACGAGCAAUGGCGCCAAGGCGCUGUCGGCGCCGGACUCGAGCGACGGCAGCAAGGAGCUCGCCGUCGCCGGCGACUUCUCGGCGUUCCUGCAGCGGCCCGAGAUCGCGGACCGCUACGAGCGCACGGCCGAGGGCGCCAUCGUCUUCCGCGACGAGGGCCAGCUGGGCGCGACGGUCGCGGCCUUCGCGACGGAGCUCACGCGGGAGCUCGGCGCGGCGGCGCGCGCGCUCGCGCGCUACGUCGACGACCUCGAGGCCGAGCUCGCCGCGGCCGACGAGGGCGCGGUGCUGCUGCGGAGCCAGCUCGCCGACGCGGAGAAGUCCGUCGAGGAGAAGGUGAGCGUCGCCGAGGCCGAGGCGGCGCGCGCGCGCGAGGCGCGUGAGCUCGCCGCGCAGGCCGAGGCCGCGAAGCGCAAGGCCGAGGCCGAGGCGGCCGAGGCCGAGGAGGCCGCCGAGGCCAAGGCGGCGGCGCUGGCCCGCGUCGAGGGCGAGGCGUCGUCGAACGAGCAGGACGUCCAGGCCGCGCGCGCGGCGGCCGUCGAGCUCGAGACGCGCCUCGUCGACGCGGAGAGCCGCGCGCGCGCGCUCGCGGACGAGGCCCAGGCCGUGGCGCGGCGCGCGGCCGCGGCCGAGCGCCAGGCCGCGUCGGCGGCCGGCGCGCAGGAGGCGACCGAGGCCGUACUAGAUGCGAUGAAGCGGCGCGCCGAGGCGGCGGAGGAGUCGGCGGACGCCGCCGCGCGGGCGUCGGCCGAGGCGCUGGCGCGGGCCGAGGCGUCCGAGGCGCAACUUAAAAAACAGCUCGCGGACCUCGCCGACAGCGUCGACGACGCGGCCGUCGCGGAGGUCGUCGCCGACGCGACGGCGGCCGUCGCCGAGGUCGCCGCCAAGGCGUCCGCGUCUGGGAAGAAGCCGGCGCUGUCGCGCAUGCGCAAGGCCGACCUCAUCCUCGAGUGCGAGGCGCGCGGGCUGGCCUUCGAGGGCCUCAAGGUGCCCGAGCUGCGCGUCCUGCUCAGGGGGGCGCGCGCGAACGACAAUAAUGCGAACUGAUGAUAUAU